UGCCCCUCUCACUAAACCAUCCUCAUCUUUUGCGAACCCACCGACUAAUCCAUUCUCAAUCAUAAAAACCAGAGUUUCUCUGACUCAGAGACACAAGCAUAAGCAACCCAAAAUCUGGGCUUGGGCCAGUUGAGGCAUUGGAAAUGGCAGCACAAGGAUGGAAUGGCACUGCUCUACUUGUACUUGACAUGCAGAAAGAUUUUAUAGAGGGUCCUAUAGCUGUAAAAGGAGGGAAAGAAAUUGUCCCAAACGUGAUCAAAGCUGUCCAAGUUGCCAGGCAACGUGGAAUUCUCAUAGUUUGGAUAGUCCGAGAAAACGAUCCUUUAGGAAGAGAUGUUGAACUCUUUCGUCGACAUUAUUACACUCAAGGUCAAGUUGGUCCAGCCUCUAAGGGAAGCCGAGGUGCAGAGUUAGUUGAGGGGCUAGUAAUCGGAGAAGGGGACUAUAAACUCGUCAAGACUCGCUUCAGUGCAUUCUUUGCUACACACCUUCACUCACUUCUUCAAGGAGCAGGAAUUAACAAUCUCGUCAUCACUGGAGUUCAAACUCCAAAUUGUGUUAGGCAAACUGUCUUUGAUGCCGUAGCAUUAGACUACCAACCUGUAACUGUUAUUGUUGAUGCCACAGCCGCUGCCACGCCUGAAAUUCAUCUUGCUAAUGUGUUUGACAUGAAAAACAUUGGAGUGGCAACCCCAACGCUACAAGAAUGGACCGACUUCAAAGCUUGAUGUCAAGGGACAUUGGAGCAGACAACUUGGUGUGCCUUGAUGAUGUUCAAUUCAAGAUUCAAAAACUUGUUUAAGAUUCUGUUUAUAUCUUAUAAAACUAAGAAGAAUUUAUAUUGCCGUAGUAAACAUCACAACUUCUUUAACAUUUAUGAUUUAUUCAUUUAAAUCAUCGUUAUAAUAUCUUACUGUUUUAAUCA